AUGGCGCCGAUUUUGGACGUCAUCAUGGCCACGCUGGAGCCGUUGAAGCAUCUUCAGUGGGCCGCCAUUGGGUUUCCGAAGGACUUCGAUGGCCACUACACUGGCAGCCUCAGCGAGUGGCGCUUCAUGGAGGAGACGGUGCGCGAGCGUUUUCACCAGUGCAGGCAGAACGGCCGCCUGUACUACGAGCUUGCAAGCGUGCUUCCCGGACCCGCCGGCCCCCGGUCCGUGGCCACAACUGUCUGCCUUUCCAGGAGGCUGCUCCUUGCGCGGGCAGAAGCCGCCUUGCUCCUGGGGCUCAUGCUGGCGCAGAAUGCACCUGAGGCGGAAGCGGACUUGGCCGCCUCGCUCACACCGGCCAUGCUGAGCAAUGGCAGCGGGCUGGUGCUCACGAGGCUGACCACCUUCAAAGCCCUCCGGUUGGAUUGGCUGGUGCUGGGGGCGGCAAAGUGUGGCACCACCUCACUGCAGUACAAUCUGGGCCUGCACCCGCAGCUGCGGCUGAAAUCCACGCACAACGCCACCUUUUCGCACGCCUUCCUCUACUCGUCCUCCCGCUUCCUGCCCGCCUUGCACCUGGAGCGAGAGUUUGCCAGCCAAAGGCCUUGCGAGCUGCGUGGACAUCCCGACCGGCGGAAGCGCCACCUGGGUGUGCCCACCGUAAAACCCGAGUUGGUGGGCUGCUCUUUGGUUGCAGACCUCACUCCCGUCUACCAGGACGGCACCGGGGAUCUGAGCAAUCUCUCCGAUUCCCAGGUGCCAAGCCGCUUCCUCUUCCCGUUCCUGUUGUCGGCCCUGCUCCGCGACAAGCCGCAACUCAAGCUCCUUUAUGCUGUCAGGGAUCCUAUCGAGUGCUUUUUGUCUGUGAGCUCCUGGCGGCAGGCCGCUACUCCCUGGUGCUUCGAGGAGGACCUGCGGAACCUGAAUGCAUCGAGCCAGUGCUGGCAGAACGUGGGCCACUGCCGCCUGAGCCAGGCCCUGGAUCUCGCCUGCUCCCUGGCGCCCAAGGGCUGCACCAGGCAGAACUUGGGUUUGCUGCUGGUCUCGCAGACGGCGGAGCCUGAGGCCCUAGCUGCCGCAGCCAGCUUCUUGGGGGUGGAGCCUUCUUUCUUCACCUCUUUAGACCACAUGGAGCUGCGACGGAUGAACCGGGCCGAGGGCGGGCGCCACGAGAAGCAGGCUCUUUGCAGGCCGCAGCUCGCGGCCCUGCGUGGAAUGCUGCGGGGGAUCUUCCGCGCAGAGUAUGGGGCACUGGCGGCGCGCCUCACUACUUUUGAGCUGGUGCCGGGCUCUGCCCAGGAACUCUUGGAGAUGGAAGACUGGGCAUGUCUAGGUGAUGGCUGA